UUCUCCACCUUGGGGUAUUCGCUGCAGGAGGAGAUCAUGGUGUUUGCUCCAGGUGAGAGACCUGGAUCUGAACCUGAAGAAGCAAAACUACAGACUGCCAGCAAGCAGAUUGUCCAAAAUGCCAUCCUUCGAGCUGUACAACAAGUUUCCCAGGAGAAUCAACAAAAGGAAGAAUAUACCACAACCAGCAGGGAUAGACUUCAGCUAGGGGUGGGAAAGCUCACCAAGAAGCAUGAAAAGAAAUAGCUGAGCCACCUUGGUCUUCUUUUUAGUACUGCUCUGUUUGCAGUUUUCCUCUUAGAAUCCAAUGUAUCCCACUGUAACAUUACCAACAAAGCCAGCCAAAGCGUAAUUAGCACCUAGUGGUAGUGUGACAAAGUAGCUGACCAGUAUUGCUUUCAAGAGCAUUAGGUGACCAUAUCUGUAUUUUGGCAGUGCCUCUUAAACAUAUCAGAGAAAGAAAAGGGACAUUGAAAUUGCAAGUGUAGUUUGAAGCACAAUUUCAUCUUGGGGCUUAAUACUCUAGCCCCCUCGGUCCCCUUUUUAAAUUCUACUUCUGCCUUUCUGCAUCCCUGUAGAAAUGAGUUUGAUUGACCAACUGUGAAGUCCCUGAAUAUCUUUCUCCCUAACUUAGCAUCUUUCAGAAGUAGAACCAAACAAACAACUUUGUGGGAAAGAGAGGGAUUAUCAUUUCAGAUUACUUUGAAAUAGUUAGUCAUACUACAGCAAAUUGAAAGCAAAAUGCUAGGAUAGCAUUCAUUUGUAGCCACUGAUUCUAGAGCAUGGAUAGGGUAAACACAUAUAUUUAAAAUCACUAUUUAAAAACAAAUUGAGAUUUCCCAAGAGCAAGUCUUUAGGUAGUAUUUUCCCCCUGAAUCACAGGGUGGUGGUGAAUUAUAUGUAUCCUCUUCUAUGCAGAAAUCCUCUGGGGAUACCAAAAAUUCCUUUUGCAUCAGAUAUUCUUGUUUAUAUCCCUUUAAUAUCAUCAUGAACAUGAGGCAGAAUCCCAGGACUCCAGAGAUGAGAUUCACCCACAAUAGAACUAAUUGUUUUUAGGACUGGCCCUUGAUCCACAUUCUAGGGAGGAGCCCAAGAGUAUAACAAAUACUAUUUGAUCAUAUUGUUGAAAUCCCAAGCUACACAUCUUCAUUAGUACUUCAUUCUGGGAAAGAUUAUUCCACCCCUAAGCCAGCUAUGACUUUUUUCUUUAAUGUAUCAUCAAAAAUUACAUAAAUUCUUUCCCUCCUCAAACUCAUUUUAUUUCCCCCCAAUACUUUGAAGCUUGAACAUAUAAUAGGAAAGGCAGCCUUUGUGACUGUAUAAGCUAAAGUGUGUGUGUGUGUGUGUGUGUGUGUGUGUGUGUGUGUGUAUGAAAUAAUUUCUCUUUCAAGCCUUGUAGUCAACUUUGGAUAUGGCAAGCCUUUUCAUAGUUCUUAUGACUUUUCCAUAUUUAAAAUUUUAAGAUGCCAACUAUAAACUUUUCUGUCUCUAAUAUUCUAUGAGUGGAGCAAAAAGAUGAGAUCUGCAGGGGAGAGAAAAGAUUCUUGACCUUUGAGAAAAUUUCUCUACUUCACCUCCUAGCCUCUUAAUAGUAAUGUUUAUGUUCUUUAGAUGAGAUAGCAGAGUGGAGGAUCAGCAGAAGAAUAUGGUAACAUAUUAAAAUUUUGAUUCCAGAAUUCUAAUAUGUUAUACUUUCUGUGACGGAUGGAGUCGAUAUUAGCAGAAAAAGAAGAGCAAUCUUGUCUCCACUCUGUUAGGUGCUCUCCCACUGUGCACAGAUGGAAUGAAGUCACAGGGGAAGGGAUUAAUUUAAAUGCAGUUUGCAAUUCAAAGAUCCACAAAAUUUCAUAGCAGAAUGCGUGAUAGUCAAAGUUUAAAAAUAUCUAAAGGAAGAUAUGUGUGUUGUGAGAAUAUAUUGAAUAGUAGAAAUAAAAAUAUUUAGGGCAAGUGCACAUAAAUAAAUUCAGUGUUUGUAUCCUACAAAUAAUUGGGUGUGAUUUAUUUCUCCAAGGGCAUCUCCAUGUUCACUGUUCAUGUCUGUCUUAUGAUUAUUAGGAAUGAGUCCAUCAAUCACUUCUCCAGUUUGAUGUGUACCCAUGUUUGUUUCCAAGGCAAUUGGAAACAUCUCUGUGGCUUAACACAACAGUGCUUAAAACUUCUGUAUCUGAAUGCUAUUUGUAAUUAAAUACUUUGUCCAGAU